AUGAAAGCAGCAUUUCGCCCUGGGAUCCCCGCCAGGUGGCUCCAGACAAGGCACAAGGUGCUGUCCUCGUCUACGUCGGCAUUGGCGUACAAGACUUUGCACAGAAACCUGAAGAGACCUCCCUUGCCCACGUUCGAUACCCCAAACUGGUCAGCGGACGCUGCUGUGUCGUCGAUUUUGUACGAGACUCCCUUCCCAAGCAAAGCUCCUAGAAAGCAGCACGUGCUCAACUGCUUGGUGCAAAACGAACCGGGUGUUUUGUCCUCGGUGUCGGGACAUUUAGCUGCUAGAGGCUUCAAUAUUGACUCAUUGGUGGUGUGUAACACUGAAGUGAAGGAUUUGUCGAGAAUGACAAUCGUGUUAGGCGGGCAAGAUGCCGUUGUGGAACAGGCCAGAAGACAGAUUGAGGACUUGGUGCCAGUUUACGCUGUGUUGGACUACACCAAUGCGGAAAUCGUCAAGAGGGAGUUGCUUUUGGCGAGAAUCUCGCUUUUGGGCCCCGAGUAUUUCCAGGAGUUGAUUGCCGCCCACAACUCCCACACUUCCGACGGCUCUGCUGUGCCUGAUUUGAGCGCCGCUGAGUCUGAGUUCCACCCCAGCAACUUGCCUCCUUCGGAGGCAUUGAGACAGAAACACACACACUUGCAGAACAUUUCUGUGAUCACGGAAAAGUUCGGUGGCCGUGUCGUGGACAUUUCCGACAGAAACUGUAUUGUGGAGUUGAGCGCCAAGCCUUCGAGAAUCAGCUCGUUUAUCCAAUUGUUGCAGCCAUUCGGUAUUUUGGAGAUCGCCAGGUCUGGUAUGAUGGCUUUGCCAAGAACCCCCUUGGACCACAGCCAUUUGGAAGAGGAGAGUGUUGACGCCAACGACAUUGUGGACGCCUCGCAGUUGCCUCCAGGUUGA